UUUUAGAAACAUCUGAAAUACAAAAAAAAAAUGUCCGCCGGGAAAAGAAAAAGUCUUUACCAUUUACCAAUUGUCCCGAACAGAGGAGACUAUGGUGGACUCGGAAAAAAAAUACAAAAAAAAUCAUUCGCUUCAAUAUCAGCAAAAGAAAAAGAAAAAAAGUCAUCGCUUUGGGUGUGAAGAUCAAAGACCACAUCUUGUAACUCGAAGUCCUCUGAUUUCUACAAGUUGUCUGAUAGUAUCAGCCAAGAAGAAGAAGACAUACAUCAAACUCUCUGUUCUCCUGCCAUGGCGUAGUAAAACCUCCGGAAACCCUAAUCCCUCAGGUAAUAACUAUUUACCUCACUGAUUCUUCAUCGGUGAUGGUCGAAAGCUGGAACCUUUUUCUGCAAAUCGAUAAAGAAAAUCAAACCAACCCAACCCAACCCUACCCACUUUGGUUUUGUUUGGAUGAUUGAGGUUCGAACAAAAAAAAUGUCGGAAAAGAGUUUGCUUUCUUCAAAAUUUCUCUUUUACACGAUAACUGUUUCAAUGCUACUCUUCAUUGUCUCUUCUCUCUUCUUCCUCCAACGCAACGAAUCCUCUUUCACUUCAAGUUUAGUUCGCAAGCUGAUUCUUCCAAGAACAGACAUCAAGAACGACGAAUUCGGAAAAAUCGAUACUUUAUGCGAUCGAAACCGAGAUGUGUUGAAGGUGUUUAUGUACAAUCUGCCCUCUGAAUUUCACUUUGGGAUAUUGAAUUGGCACAAAACAGGAUCUGAGAUUUGGCCAAAUGUCAACAACAUUAGUACAAUCCCAUCUUAUCCUGGUGGGUUAAAUCGGCAACACAGUGUAGAGUAUUGGCUAACACUUGAUCUUUUAGCUUCAGAGACACCUGAAAUCAAGAGACCUUGUAGUAGUGCAGCAAUUAGAGUGAAGAACUCUAAUGAAGCUGACAUAGUUUUCGUGCCUUUCUUUGCUUCGUUGAGUUACAAUCGCAAAUCUAAGCUCCGUGGGAACGAAACCAUCAGUGGUGAUAGAUUGUUGCAGGAAAGAUUAGUUGAGUUCUUGAAAAGUCAAGAUGAGUGGAAAAGAUUUGAUGGGAAAGAUCAUCUGAUAAUAGCUCAUCAUCCAAACAGUUUGCUCUAUGCAAAAAACUUUCUUGGAUCCGCAAUGUUUGUUCUUUCGGAUUUCGGAAGGUAUUCAUCCGCGAACGCCAAUCUUGAGAAAGAUAUCAUUGCGCCUUACUUGCACGUCGUUAAGACUAUCUCUAACAAUGAGUCAGCACCGUUUGAGAAGCGUCCUGUAUUGGCAUAUUUCCAAGGAGCAAUCUAUAGAAAAGAUGGUGGAACUAUUCGUCAAGAACUGUAUAACCUUCUUAGAGAUGAGAAAGACGUUCACUUUGCAUUUGGAACUGUUAGAAGGAAUGGGACUAAACAAACUGGUAAAGGAAUGGCUUCCUCGAAGUUUUGUCUCAAUAUCGCGGGUGACACUCCUUCAUCUAACCGUCUUUUCGAUGCCAUUGUUAGCCAUUGUGUUCCGGUUAUAAUCAGUGAUCAGAUUGAGCUUCCAUUUGAAGAUUCUCUAGAUUAUUCGGGUUUCUCCGUGUUUGUGCAUGCUUCUGAAGCUGUAAAGAAAGGGUUUUUGGUGAAUCUUCUCAGAGGGAUAACAGAGGAUCAGUGGAAGAAGAAGUGGGGGAGAUUGAAAGAGGUUGCUGGGUGUUUCGAGUAUCGCUUUCCUUCGCACCCGGGAGAUUCUGUGAAUAUGAUUUGGUCAGCGGUUUCACAUAAGCUUUCUUCACUUCAGUUUGAUGUCCAUAGAAAGAAUCGGUACCGUAGAUCUGAAAUGUUUGAUAGAAACCGAUCGAGUUAAGAUCAUAUAUGUGAAAGAAAGAUACCACUUGAAGAAUAAACAUUCUCUUUAUGCUUCAUGUAUUUUUCGUUUUCUUCAGUUGAAGAUCAUAGACCAGAAUUCAGACCCAAAA